CAAUCGGUCAAUCUCGUUUUUUAAGAAUAUCAGAUGAGAUUCAGCUCAUAAAGAAAACUUUCGGUUGGGUCGGUUGAUCUUCUUUUUUUUGGCGGUAGUAUGUGUGAGCAGUGUUGUGGACAUUGGUUUGAGAGUGUGCUUUCGCGAUACGAAGAUGCUCGGUCUUCCCAUCAAUCGGUGUUUUUUCGUUUUCUGCCCCACGAGUCUUGCUUUGUUUAUCCAUGCAUUGAGUUGCUACAUGUAGAGCAUCGCGUAGAUUUUUUAGAUUUGGACCCUUCUAUAAGUUCACUCCGUCGCCUAUAAGGUUUGUUUGAUGGGGUGAGUAUAUAGAUUUCCUCUUUCAGACAACCUAUAUCACCAGGGAAAUGCUUGAUCCUCUAUCCCAACUUUAGCCGCGAAAAAGUUUUCGAACCACGUUCGAUUUCAAUCUUUCUCUCAUUCAAGUUACUCAAGCAACAGAUCAUCCAUCAAGAUGUUCAACAACGGCGGAGAUAACAACCGUUUGCGCAGCUCCAACGAUGGCGGGGUGCGCCCCAAGAAACUCGUUCGUCAUGAUACCGAGACGGCCUCCGAGGAGGUUCGCAAGAGCCUCGCGCUGGAGGUAUCGCCUUUACUCUAGUUGAUUUCUGUGCUUUGCGGUAGUCUUCUUGGGCUUAUCCUAGGAUAAUACUCGUUAUCUCAAUUCAGAGUCUAUCUUUCUCUCUACCUUAUAAGGUGACGCCAUCAGAGUCUCCUUCUCAAGUCUUUGCUUCACAUCUUCUUGUCUACAAUAUCUAAAUCUCUGACAGGAUUGCACGACCGUCAACAAGGCCUUGGCUCAAGUGGUGCGCGAGCUCCGCUAUAAUCCUUCCCGCAUCUCCACUACGCUGCUGCAAGGCGUGCCUUGCCUGAAGGCCAAGGAUGCGGAGCGCACGCUCCACCGCCAGCUUGCGAAAUACAGCGUUGAGGCCAAGACCAUGGCGCUGAUGAUUCAAGCCCCGGCUUUGGCGUCGCAGCUUGAAAAAAAUGGCGUUGAUAAGUAUCACGCUGCGGACUACGCUCUUGUGAAGGUGCUACUUAUCAUAUACCAUGUUGAUUCCUAAAUUUCUGGUAGCUUUAAUGGUUUAGAGUUAAGUACUGCCGUGCCAUUUCGUUGCGUAUCAACAGACUUAGGCGUCAUCUAUCUGUCAUGACGUUCGCCCUUCAACGACUAAGAUACCCAUCUCGACUACCGUCAUCAACUAUUCUCACUCCGCAUUAUACCUUCCCCAAUCUUCUCAUAGGGCAACGUGAUGGCUCGCUCCAAGGGGAUUACGCAGGAGACAGUUGCGCUCAAGUUCCUGAAGAGUCUGAACGAGGUGGUUGGCGCCUCCACUGUCCAUCAACGCAAACUGGACAUGAUGGAAGCUGCUCUGGAUGCGUUUCUCCAUGGUGUUGUCACCGGAAGAAACGACGGUGGAGGAGCAAUGGAUAUCCAAACCAUGAUCGACUGGUACUGUUUUAGAUUUUUUAGAUUGAGGCAAAAUUAUGCAGGUGUGGAUCCUUAUGGAUAUUCGCGAAACGCUUUCGUUUUUAGAAAUCAUAAGUCUUUAGGUAGUACAUUCUCGGACUUAGUGUAGUCUGCUAUGUGUUGCCUUCUGACUCGUUGCCCUCAGAGAUGUAGGAGGAAGUUAAGCGUUUUAGUCACAUAUGGAGACUUAGUCUUCCACUCUUCGUUCUCCCCCUCUACUCAAAACUUACCUCGAUCGGCUAGCCAUGUUGUUGAAGCAAAUUACUAAAAAUACUCUUUCAGGGUGGACGCAAACAACGCUGCGGUGUGCAAUUUAGAACCUAUCAUCGAGGUGAGGGAGAUCGCCCGCGGUUUUGUGGAAGCAGGAGACUGGGAAGGACUACAGGCGACUGUCGCUCAAAUUGAAGCAAAUGAACCAGCUGGAAGCAUGCUCACGAAGUUUUUCACUUACUCCGAUGUGGAAGCGGUAUACUCUUACUCAUUGCGUAGCUUUAUACCAAAUUCCAUCUAUGUUGAUCAUUUGAAAUGGUAGCAACUUCUCUCAUUAGCCCAACUUCUAGUGCAGUUGUUGUUCUAUAGUCUAAACCAUCUUCAAACUAUGGCUUCAUCAAAACCGAUCUUCUAUCAAUCCACACCAGGCAAUCACUACCGGGCAGACCAAUUCGGUUGUGGAUGUUUUCUUGACCAACCCGAUGCUGGUUGAUCGCGUUGUCACGACCGCUGAGCCUGCUGGAAUGCGUCGCGCUUUGGAGGUGCAGCAGCAUGAUCUGAUCUGGAAGAUCAUGAAGCGUGCCUGCACGGAUAUCUGUGGUGACGACUUGGCUGCAGAUCCCUCCCAGUUGACUGACGACCGAAUGUACGAGUUCUUCACGUCCUUCGCGAAUUAUUUGAACACCUCCACUCUCAACGGUCUCUUCCUUGGGCUCAAGCAGAUCAUGGAGGUGCAGCUGAGUCGUGACGAUUAUUUCCGCAACAAGACCUUCGCGAAGGCCAUCGAGUCCAUGGGCGCAGGUGCCUUGAGGACGUUGGUCCGCAAGGCUGCAGAGAAGGCAUAUGAGAAGAAGGUCGACGAAGCAGUUCGCAUGCUUGCCCGCGCUGGUUCGCACUUGCAGGCUGGCAAUGCGGCUCAGUUCCAGCAGAUCGUGGCACGCGUCUUCUCGCCGAUUGCUUCGUGCUCGGCACCUGCGUUCAUGGUGAACGCCUCGAAAUUCAUCGUACGCAUGGCUGACGUGUUGAACACUCCUGCAGGCCAACAUGAAGACAUCGCUGAAGAACUUGGUGAGAUGAUGGAGCGUGUGCCCCUGGCGUCUAAGCUGGAAGGAAAGGGAGAGACUCACUUCAAGAACCUCCUGACUGAGUUCGUGCGACACAUUCAGGCGGGGGAGAUCGCUCUGGUUGAAGGUUUUCUUCAACAAGGUACUACUCUGAUAUAGUCGAAGGAUCAUUACUUUCGUGUGUGAGUUCGUUGCAUGCUACUAUGAGGCUACCUUUUUGUGUGUCAUGGCAGUGGGCCUGAGUUCACGACCCAAAUUCUUCAUCUACCUUUCUCGUCUGUCCAACUCUUAUCAUCAUCCAACGAACAGGUGACGUCGAAAGUGCAGAAAAUGCAUAUAAUGCAAUGUCCGACACGUUCCACUUUCUGGACGAGAAGAUCCAGUUCGACUUGGGUGAUCGUCUCUCUCAGAUGAAAGCCGCAGCACAGGCGCCUGCUGCUGGACCUGUGGCUGUGGUUCGUGGAGCGUAUCGCAGACAGGCAGCACAACCGAUUCAGGACGGCAACUGAGUAACUUGAAUGACGCGGCAAUAGGUGUGGCAGCCUUCUCUGUCCAUGUUUUGUGUACAGAUAUUUGGAUGAGGAGACCAGGCUUACUACUGGAAUCCACAUGUUCAUGGUAGAACCAUCAAGGAUGUAUUGACUGACGAAUCAGAAUUAUACGCACUAGCCUCCACCAUGUGACUUCUUCGCUCUUUGUAGCUAUCAAAUCACUCGAUGCAAACUUCGCACUUUUCGGCUUGUGGUAUGUCUUUUCGAUCGUAGGAUGUUACGACACCGUCAUGACCUUGAUAGGGGAGUAGCCCACAGCUCGAAAUCUAGGGAAAUGAUGUCAGCAUUCUCAUGCAUGUUGCUGACAGAACAUAAAAUGUAUGUACCUCUUGGGAGAAGAGCAUGAUGUUGAGAGUUCACCCAGUCGUAUAGCAGGUGCCGACUGUCAUCUAGAUGAUCUCCUUUGAUGUGUCUGGUAUGGUUGGAGUCAGGUUAUAUGUACGGGUGAGCAGUAUAGUGAGACUGUGGGCCAUAUUUGAAGGGGGUGCUCGGUCUUUUCUCAGUGCGUUGUAUGCGCACUAAGUGAUGAUCGAGUAGAAAGCAGGGCAUUGUUUCACCCUGUACAGAUUUGAACAGACAGUCAACAUGUGUGUGAAUGUCAUGGGAAGCCCUGCUUUCGGCAUAGAAUGGAAAUCCAAUGAAUGGCUAUGAAUGGUAAUCACUCGGGAAAGUGUUCAAAGGUUCAGGAAUGCCCGCCAUGAGGUCAGAAUGCGACUAGAUGCGUACGCAGAUCCAACAGUGUGUGACGAGUCAAAGCGACGUCAAUCGGUUAACAGAGUCGGUUACUAAUAGACAUCUGAAAGUGUGCGCGUCUGUCUGUGCAGGUGUGAGCACGAGCCAAAUGGCAAAGAGCUGUGAUCUGUCUGGUAGAUGGUUCUGUCUGUUGAAGUAUGCCCACCUGUCUCUGCAAGAGAAAGAAUGUGGCACAUGCGUUCGCUUUUGAGGGAAGCAGCAGGAGCGAAAAGUGGUGCUGUGUGAGAGAACGAAAGCUGAAGUCCUGGGUUGGUUUCUCUGUACGCCGAAGGGCUGUGUCUUGUGAAGUAGAAGAGUAGAGGAGAGACGUACCGUCGAGCUCUGAACGCCUUGCUCUAUCUUUAUAAUGUAGGGCUGUGCUUAUGAUAACAGUGUGGCAAUACGGACAACGCAACUCCUUGGCUUAAGUCUGUCCUGCCUUCUAGAGAAUUCACAAGAUGGAGCACCCGUCUUUCGUAGUCGACACACCUCUGGCUGAUGCAUGCACCGACAUCCGAACUCUAACGUUUCAAGUUGUGUGCUAAGAAGCACUUUCAGUUUUAGUCCUAUCGCGGUUUCGUGAUAGUAGACCACGUCUUCGUGGUAUGGCAUGAAUCACAUAAGUGAUACCGCGAACACUAGCCCCUCGAUUACAAGUGUUCAAGUUCUUAUCCACCAGUAGACUCGAGGGAUAUUCUCAAACAGUUCCAACCGAUUCGCAGCUCUGCCUCAGUUCAACGCACCAACGUCAAACGAAUCUCGCACUGCUGUAAGAGCCGUGUCUUCUCUGUGUUAAUUGAUGAAGCAUGAGCUUCUGCUCCAGACAGCACUGAGAGAAAGAUCGAAUGAAAACAAAUCUGCCACAUGGAUCACUAUUUCACGAGGGUCGCAAUGAGUAUUUCACUCUGUGAGUAAGUAGGAUUUUUGUUUGAGAAUUGAAAAAUUCUAGUGGAGUUCUUCAGUUUUGGUCCUCAUCAGGAGGUGCCUGCUCUAAU